UUCUGCUGUUUGCAUUUUUCUGUGUUUUGCACUUUAAUUUACUGUUUGUUCUGUUUUUAUUUGAAUUUACUUAUAUUUUUAAAUAUUUCCGUUGAUGUUUUAGACAGGCGCCAACAAUCUAUGAGCGACAGAUUGUUUUAUUUUUUCAAUCUUUCACACACCCUCACUGGAGCCUUCGUUCUCUUUUCUAAAUUCUUAAGUAGAGGAGUGAUUGGCCACAAAAGAAUUAUUUUUCUUAUCUAUCUAUUUAUUUAUUUUUAAUGCCUUUUUUUUGUUUUUGGCGCCGAAAGAAUUUUUUGGUGAGAAAUGUGUCGCUCAUCUUUAAGGCGCCGUCAAUUUUCUUCAAAAAUUCCAUUUUUCCUUCCUAAUAUUUUUUCAUUUUCAAUUCUUGCCAAACUUUCAAAAACAAAAAAUUUUUGUCUGUUAAAAAUAUUUCAAAAAAAAAUUUUCCCUCAAAACAACUAAAAAAAAUGUUUUCCUCUUUAAAAAUCGAAAGGAGAACAAAAAUAAAUUUUAAAAAUAAUUUAUUUUUAAUUUUAAAUUUAUUUUUAUUUUAUUAUUCAAAUUUAAUUAAUGCGAGGCCUUUUUCUAUUGCUGACGAAGUUGGGGGAAGCAAUAAUUAUUUAAAUAAUUUUGUUGUAAAUUCUAAUGAAAGAGAACAAUAUAAAGAAGCUAUGGAAAUUGCUAGAGAAACAUUUUUUCAAUUAAGACCGUUAGCUACAACACAAAAUGAACAAACAGAAAAACAACAAAACAAAUUAAAAUUGUUGUCUGUUUUAAAUAGAGAACAAAAACAACGAAAGAAACAACAAAAACAACACCAGAAUAAUCAAAACAACCAGAAUAUUGAGUCAGAGAAUAAUCUCCCCCAACAACAACAAUUACCUAUUCAUUCAACACAACCAAUGCUUCCCCUCCACAUAUCAUCUGAUAUUGUAAACAAUACACUUCAAUCAAACACAUGUCAGGGCGAUUUAUUCAAACACAAAAUUAAAGUGAAUGGGUGUAAACCAAAAAGUAUUACAAAUCGUUUUUGUCAUGGAAGUUGUUCAUCCUUUUACAUACCCCGUCUACGAUCCAAGAAACUAAAGGCAACAUUCCAAAGUUGUUCAGCUUGUAUACCUGCUGAAGUUGACACAAUACAGGUUCGUCUAGAAUGUCCAGACUUGGAAAAAGGUUAUCUCUAUAGAAAAAUUGUCCGAGUAAAAAAGUGUGCUUGUAGAAAUAUAAUGUUGGAAGGGGAAGAAAUGGGUGGUGAUAAUAAUAAUGAAAAUGUUUUGGAAGAUGAAGAUGAUGAAGAAAAUUUGAAUGAUUAUAAUGAUGGGGAUUGAAUAGGCAAAAUGAGGGAGAAUGGUUUUGAUAAGAGAAGAGUUUUUUCGGGAUGGGUGGUUUUUUGGGAAGAGUUUGGUAGAUAUAUGGGAAUAGUCUGGUAAGUAGAGAUCAGCCCCUUGAUCUGGUCCAGGGCGCCUGAUUUAAAGAGCAUUCUGGA